AUAAAAAUGGCGAAACUUUUUGUAACUUUGGCAAUUUGCUGUGUUGUUGGCGCUGUUUUAGUUAAAGGAUUCGAUAAAAAGGCAGCUGUUGCCGCAUUUAUGGUGAAAAUGGAUGAUUGCAAAGCUGAAGUUGGAGCUAAGGAUUCUGAUGUUGAGGAACUAGUUGCUAAAAAACCUUCCUCUACCAUGGAAGGAAAAUGUUUGCGCUCAUGUCUCAUGAAGAAAUAUGAAGUGAUGGACAAUAACGGUAAAUUUGUUAAGGAUGUCGCCGUAACUCAUGCUCACAAAUAUACAGAUGGCUCUGAUGAAAGAAUGAAAAUUGCUCAUGAAAUAAUUGAUGCCUGCAGUAGCAUUGCAGUAGCCGACGAUCAUUGUGAGGCAGCCGAGCAAUAUGGAAAAUGCUUCAAGGAACAAGCCAUGGCUCACAAUAUUAAAGAUGACUUCGAUUAUUGA